AUGUUUGUCCUCGGCCGCCACAAGAUGAACAAGAGAAUCAUCCGCGCCCUCCUCGUCGCUUCAUCCAUCUUCAUCUUUAGUGUUCUUCUUACCUCGGACCAUCAUGACUGGCCAUUAAAUCUUCCCGACCUUUUUGUUUUCCCAUUCGGGUCAACUGGACAUUCCCUACCAACGGAGCCACCGGGCGCAUGGGCAAAUCACCCUGUCGCACUCCUUCACGAACGAGCGAAACACAGCUUUGAUGACCUAAUUCGGCGACAAUCACAAACUGCCGAAGAUGCGUCAACCGAAUACAAGCGACGUUACCGUCGCGACCCUCCCCCUGGCUUCAACGAGUGGGCACAACAUGCGAUGCAGUUAGGUUCACCCAUCAUCGACGACUUUGACAUUCUCUCCCACGGCAUCCAUCGCUUUUCUCAUCUGAGUGCCAUCGAUAUACGCCGUCGCAUGGAGGAUGCAGCUUACGGAAAUCCAAGGGUUGAACGAUGCAAGUUUCGCAACAACAAUGGUCGAAAAGAGUUUGAUGGAGGAUGCCGGCACUUUGCACGCCCAUUGAUGGCGCUGCUGGACAGCGCAGACGCUCGUCACCAGGUACCAGAUCUUGAUUUUCUGAUCAACUUCCUGGACGAGCCAUCAGUCUUGGUUACCCAAGAAGCGAACUCGUCAUGGAGCCAAAGCGAUCCCAUCUUGCCCUGGGCGGAUCUCUCCCAUAGUCCGAUAUCUGCAGUGGUCAACAGUGCAUGCAGCUUGCUUGCCGGCUUACCCAAAAUUCCGAUUACAGAUUCAGCCGCCCCAAGACUUGAGACGGAUCUAACAUCGGAGGUGCCGUUGGUCCAAGAUGUCGCCCAGGCCAAGGAUCUUUGCCAGAAUCCGAACUACACAUCAACUCAAGGUCUUCUCAUGUCCCCUCCAACAUUUAAGCAUAUGGGCUCGCUAGUGCCUAUACUUUCACAAGCCGCGCCAGCGCCGUUUGCCGACAUACUAUACCCAGCGACGCACUACAGCUUACGAACUAGUCUGUACAAUGGGUGGUGUGACAGAAGAUGGAACAAAAAGAAGAAUGCCGUUUACUGGGCUGGUUCCUCAACGGGCGGCCACUGGUCAGACGAGGAUUGGAUGCAGGGGCACAGACAAAGGCUAGCAACGUUUGGCUUGGAUCAGGGCUACGCCGGACGAGAGUUUGUGUACCUGCGUCACGCGCCACCGACCAAUGGUGGCAUAAACAACAAUGGCGGGUUGGAGUCUUACCACGCAGGCGCCCCCGACAUUUCUGUAUACGAUGUGUCACUUACCAAAAUCGUGGGCUGCGCGUCUGAAAGUGCUUGUGAUGCCCAGAGACGAUUUUUUGGUCUGCCGACAGAUGGCAGCAAGUCACCUAGUCUUCAUCGGGAAUCACGCCCCUUCCGGUACAAGUUUGUGCUCGACAUCGACGGCAACAGCUACAGCGGGCGCUUUUACAGACUCCUUGCAUCACACAGCUGCCCGUUGAAGGCGUCUAUCUUCCGCGAGUGGCACGACGAUAGACUUGUACCUUGGCUGCAUUACAUUCCGGUUGGCAGUCCCCCUGACGAGCUACCAGAACUAGUGAGGUUCCUGACAGAGACCGGAGACGGCCAGAAGAUUGGUCAUGACAUUGCGGAAGCAGGACGAGAAUGGCAUGGCAAGUCCAUGACAGCGAUGCAUCAGGGUCUUUACAUCUACAGGCUCAUGUUGGAGAUGGCGUGGCUUUUGGACGAGAGAAGGAGCCCCAUCCAGUGGGGCUGA